CACAAGAAGCUCAAACCCUCGCCUCACAAACCAACAACAAUUUUUCAGUUCCGUUUGUCGGAGAAGCCUUGGAUCCUGCAAUCUCUUCUCCGCACUUCCCAUUUCUGAUGAGAAUACUGCUUCCCUCGCUGAAAUACGGUGGUACAACUUAGUCCAUAUUGGAGGGCAUGUCAUAGUUCCUAAGAUCUGUGUUGCUUGUCAUGUCUCCUUGUUGGUAUAAUGAAACAAGUCAGAAUGCGUGCUUUGUGGCUGAGGGAAUAAAUUACCGGAAUAAGGGAGAUGUUUUGAGCUUUGACUGCUUUAACGAAUUUGUUUUAUCUUUGAGGACAUAACCUGCCUUCUGAAAAUGGGAAAAGCUGAAGUUGAAAAGGCUGAAGAAACCAAUGGACAGAUUGACAGUAACACAAAAUGCAAUUCUAAUAAACAAAUUGUAGAGAAAGCUAAUGAACGUCCUGAAUGGUUACCUGAUGGAUGGAAUGUGGAUAUCAAAACUCGAAAAAGUGGUACACAUAUGGGAUCUGGAUAUAAGUGUUACAUUGAUCCAGUGAAUGGACUCAAAUUCUACUCCAAGCCAGAGGUAUUACGGUAUCUGGAAACUAUAAAGGACAACAACAGCACUUCCAAGAAAGAGAAGAAAUGCACUAACAUGCAUUCUCCAAGCAACGCUGUGGUUGAGAAGUCCACUGAGGAGGAUUUACCACCUGGAUGGAUAAAAGAAGUAAAGAUUAGGAAGAACAGAAAUGGCAUUAGGAAAGAUCCGUUGUUUAAAGAUCCAGUGAAUGGAUUUGUAUUCCGUUCCAAGAAGGAUGUAUUGCGUUAUCUUGAAUCUGGAGAUGUAGGCAAAUGUGUGUUUAAACCACGCAGAGGACAAAUCCAAGAUGAAGAAAAGUUAACUCCAUUACCUGCUGCCAAGAGACAGAAACUAAAGAAGUCUGCAUCCAAACAACAGUUUUUUGCAGCCGACGAAAUAUUUCAUAAAGGCACCUUAGAGUUGUCAGAUGCUAACAGCUCAAGAAAAGGGCAAGAUGUGAAGGUGCCAUCUGAAAUGAUGGCUGCUCCUGUUCCCACAGGUGAAUCCAUUGUAAAAAUGCAUUCGUUAGAGGUUGGAGCUGCAAACCCUCCUGAAAUAAAGAAAACAUCUGACCCAGGUAGCUCAGCACUUUUAAAAUAUGAAUCCUUGAAAGAAUCAGAAAAAGGGCUUUCUGCAGAUGACGGGCAAGUGAAGGAGCAUGCUGUGAAUAUGAUGGAGAAUGCUAAUGAAAAGAAUCACCAUAACCAUAGCAUAUCAAAAAACAAGGAAUUCAAUGUGCGUCACCGGUUUUCACCUAGACUUGCUGGGAUUGAACCUGUCCAGUUGGCCAACAAUGUGAUCAAUGAACAGACUCUUCAAGUUCCAAAAAGAAACUUGAGGAAAAGUAGGGCCACUCUUGAUGCUGAUAUGGAAAAUAAAUCUUCUCAGCCUUUCAAUGGCGUCCAAGAAAUUGAGCAGGUGCAUAAAAUGGAACAAGAGGUAAUGAACACAAGCAAUAAUCUUUCGGAAGGCCAAACAGUUUUCAAAGAGCAACCACAUCUGCAAGAAACAGAUAAAAUAGAGGACAAAAAGCCAGGAAUUCGUACUAACUCAAGCAAAACCCGUAAUAAGAAAGCGCACAACAUUCCUCAUCGGUCUUCAAAACGACUUGCUGGAUUUGAACAUGAGCUGAACUACAUAUCCUGUGAAAAUGCUCCUAAAUAUAAAAGCGAAAAGUCUGAAGAUAAGGUCAAUGCAGAAUUGCUCCAAAGUGGGGGUAAGCCUGUUACAGAGAUUGCAGAUCUUGCACCAAUAAAUGGAGAGUCAGCAAAUAAAAGAAGAAAAUCUCCUAAAAUUCCACCUUUUACAGACAGUCAACUGGAGAAACUCGAAGAUGAAGAAGUGGUUGAUGAGAAAUCAGAAUCUCAGUUGUCCUUGGCAUUCCACUACUCUUGGUCUGACCCAUGCUUGGAAUUUGCAAUCAAUACCCUCACGGGGGUGUUACCACCAGUUGAAGAUUCAGUUGAUAAUGGACCCACUACAGUCCCUGAAACUUCAAUUCAAAAAAAUUUGUUUGACAAUGUUACAGGAAUAAGCAGGGACAGUCAAAACAAUUUGUUCGACAAUGUUUCAAGAAGAAGCAGAGACAGAAACCCCCAGGUACAUUCAAAUAAAUCCAAGAGGAAGAAAGAGCUCAAAGUGCCUAUGCGGUUGUCUAAGCGACUUGCUGGCCUUGAACCUGAGGUACUACCUUCUGAAAGAGCUCUUGAAUAUUCCUCCAGAAAAUGCAAGGAAGAACCUAUUCCAAUUGCAACUGCAUCUGACCAUCUUGCUACUGUGGAAAAAACCAAGCUUAAUCUUCAUGCAUCUGACAGUUUGAAAACAGAAUUACUAGAAGAAUCAUCAAACAUGACUGAGAAGUCAUAUGAUGCCCAAACUGUUCCCAAGGAACAAUUGCAGAAUGUUGAAGCUGAAAAUAUUGGUCAGGAGAGAUCCGAGCCACAGCUCCCCUUACCAUUUGGGGACUCUUGGUCAGAUCCAUGCUUUGAAUUUGCAAUCAAAACUCUCACUGGUGCUUUGCCCGUUGAGGCUGCUGUGGAAAUUUUGCCUGUUAUGACUCCUGAUGCUGACAUGUCAAAUAAGGAUUUGCAUGGGAGUGUGGUGACGAGCAUCAAUGCAGAAGGUCAUGAUAAAUCAAACCAAUCCCAGAACAAAAAAGAGCUUAAUAUGGGUACCCAGCCUUCAGAACUACUCAUGGGGCAACCUAUGUUGAGGACCAGCUCCACGUCCUGUGAAAAUGCUCCUAAAUUUACAACUGGCGAGUCUUGUAGCCAUGAAGGCAGCAUAAUAAGGAAUUUGGUUGGAGAAACUGUACAUAUCGAUGCUGGAAACGUAACAAAACUUGUGCAUCCUUCUACAAAUAUAAACACACUGAUGCAUGAAAAGCCAUUAAAGGGAAAUGGACAGGUUGUGGAGAGUGAAUUUGUUACGAUUGAACAACCACCACUGGAAACUGAAACCAUAGACCAUUAUAACUCUGAAUUUCCGUUUUGUCCUUCGUUUAUGAAUUCUUGGUCAGACCCAUGCCUAGAAUUUGCAUUUAAGACUCUUACAGGUGACAUACCGCUGGAGGAAAAUUUUGCAAUUCAAGGAUCUCUCCAGGAAUCUGCUAAUUGUCAUGAACGAAGGGAUGUUGGCUCAACAUUGACAGAUGUUGGAUCUUCCAGCUUUUCUCAAAGUGAUGUGUCAUUUUACUAUGAUAUAGGGUUAAAUUCAAUGCCAGGGCAGCAGUCAUCAAUGAGCACUCCAAUCCUACCCUUAGAAAAAGCGAGCCUGCAAGGUUGCCCUGGAGUUGAUCCUCAAAAACACUAUUCUCAGUUCAACAAGGAUUUUCGAAGGAGGUAAACUCAUAAAAACAUUCGUUGCUAGCCCCAGGAUAACUGCUAUUAAUCUCUUAUUGUACUCUUGUAGACUAAAAAAUCGUUGUCAUUAAGCAUCCUUUGUUUACCUUGUGACAUUAGUGAAUGCAUUCUGAACAUAAGGUCUGGCUUGGUGUUUUUCAUUUUCUGUUUAGAAGAUCUAGGCAAGUAAAGCAGGGAGGUACAGGAGCCCAAUAGCUGUUGUGACAAAGCUAUCCUUUACAACGCCAUCUAAAUACUGUAAUUUGUAGCCGUUGUUAUUAUUUGUAUCAAGUAGUAUUUUAUUUUUCCACCCUAUGAAAAUUCUAGAAAACGCAUAAGCUUACGAUAUAAGUGCUCUCGUAAAAUGAUUGUCCAGCUUAUUUCAAUAUUUUA